ACUGUUUUAGCAUCUUUUUUUCAUCCAUAAGAUUUAGAAGAUUGAAAUAUAUAAAAUAAAUAAUGUGGUGUCAGGUUCAAGCUACAUCGGCCAUCAGUGGUCAUGGUUGUCCAUUGGUACGAAGUAAACAUGCAAUGUGUUCUGCAAAUGAUGGCCGUAUUUAUCUAUAUGGUGGUAAAUCAUUAUUAAAUCAAACAUUACGUGACUUGUGGCGUUUCGAUCCUGAUACAAAUCAUUGGCAACAACUUAAUACAAUCAUUCGUAAUGAUGAAAUGUGUAAAUCAACUAAUGGUUGUUCAUCAACAACAUCAUCAUCAUCAUCGACGACAGUCGUAUCUGCAAGUCAGAUGUGUCGGUCUACCGAAUGGCCAAACAAAAAUCAUCAAUCAUCUUGUUGGGAUGCUAUUAACGAUUUUCCACCUCCUCUUCAAGAACAUACUAUUCUAAAUUAUCAAGACAAACUAUAUGUAUUUGGUGGCGAAAUUGGAUAUUCUUGCGAUGAAACACCAUUGUGGAUUUUUGAUCUUGAAACAUAUGUUUGGAAAAAAUUUUCUAUCAAUUCUGGUCAUCAUAUAAUGAAUAUAGCUAUAGCAAGACCAUUAGGACGAAGAGGCCAUUCGGCUGUUGUAUAUCAAAAUAUUAUGUGUAUCUAUGGUGGUUAUCAAGAUAUUAAGGGAUCCACUUCAGAGAUAUGGACUUUUAAUCUAGAUACGGAAGAAUGGUAUUUAGAGGGAACUAAUUUUAAAAAAGAUUCUGCACCAUUACCAAGACAUGGUCAUUCGGCAAUUGUUUAUAAAGAAUCAAUGUAUAUCUAUGGUGGUAUGAGCAAUUUAAACGUUCGAAAUGAUUUUUGGAGCUGGAAUUUUAAAACAAAAGAAUGGAAUCGAGUAAAAACGAAUCGUACCAAUCCAGGCGUACGAUCAUUUCAUAGCGCAAUCGUUGUAUUAGAUUCAAUGUUUAUAUAUGGUGGUGAGCGUUCAAAUGGAAAUCAUACAAAUGAACUUUGGAGAUAUCGAUUUGCUAAUCAAACUUGGGAACAUAUUGAAAUCAAAGGAAUAGCACCAAGUUGUCGUACUAGACAUGUAGCAAUAGCAAAUCCAUUUCUUAAAGAAUUAGAAAAUAAUGUUCAUCAUGGUGAUCAAUGGCAACAUUGGACUUGUAAAAAACAGAACAAUGUAAAUGACAAAACCGAAAAUAAAACAAAAAGACUACGAAAUUGUCGCAAACAGCAUCAACAACAACAACAACAAAAACAUAGGCAAAACGAGUCAACAAUCGUUGAAACCACUUUUGCCGAAUCGACAGAAUCGGUUGAUAAUGUAAAAUCAAUAUCAAUGUGUUUUAGUUCAGCUGAAAAAUCUCCGUCAAAUUUUCCUUUUAUAGAUUGUAAUGAAACAAAAACCGAAGUUAACAUUGAUUCAUAUAUUUUAGAUGAUAAUAUGUUGGAAAAACAACUUAACUUUUCAACUAAUCAGCAAAAUACGAAUAAUACAGAAAUUUUGAAUCAGGAAAACAAUCCAAAUAUUUUGAAUAAUAUUCUAGUCAAACAAGAUGAAACAAAUUUUGUGACAAAAACUACGGCUGUAAAAAUGCGACCACGUAGACCACUACUACAGAAACAAAGGCCUUAUUCCGAUUUUUAUGGUACGGCAAUUUCAUCACAAAAAGAUGAUUUCGAUUUUAACGAGCUUAAUGAAACUCAAUUUAAACGCCGUUCCGUCCAAGAAUCAAUGUCUUAUUAUAGUUUAUGUUUCUCUACGCCUCCAUCUCAUCUGAGACAAAAACCAUCGCCUUCAUUUGCACUAAGUAUAGCAGCAGCACCAAUUCAAACAAUUAAUGCAAUGAUUAAAGAUGUAACACCACCCGAAGCUUUAAUGGAUAAGUUUGAUUCAAAAUCCGACGAACACGAUUCAAAUAUUAAUGCAACCAAUCAGAUUACAAUCAAAAGAAGAGAGAAUUUUAUUUCGAAACGACGUUUAAGAAAAAAUGAUCUCGGACUUUUAGAUUUAUCUUCCUUAGAGAUGCGUAUUCCUCCAAAAGAUUUAGGCUAUAGUACAGCAUAUUCACUUACACUUGACAUAUCACCAGAUUAUGAAAAAGAAUUAAAAUUCAGUUCAAAUUCAUCGCCUUCAAAUGAACCAAAUAGUAUUUCUACUGAACAUUCCGAAUAUGAAUGUAUGGAAAUGACUCAUCUAGAUAUGUUAGAGGAUUAUUUAGAACCCGAAGAAAUGUUAGAAAUAGUUACCGAAUCGACUAGCGGUGAAGAGAUAAGCCCUUCACUCAAUAUCAAGACAAUCAAAAAAACUCCAGCCAUUCGACGAAAAAAUUAUAAUAAUAAUAAUAAAAAUAAUGAAAAAAGUUCUUCCAAUGACAAUUCAAACAAAGUAAAAGUUCAACAUCAAUCAUCCGCUACAUCGGUUUCAAAUUCCUCAUCAGGAUAUCAAUCAUUAAUUUCUGCCGAUUCAAAUGUGAAUAGUUUUGAUAUAAAUUCCAUUCCAUCUAUUUCCAAUUCAUCGUCAUUUGGUGAACAAAAUGAAAAGAAAGUUAAUGAUUUUGAUCAUUUAACUGCACAAAAAUUAGUCUCCAAACUUAAUGAUUCGUUUCAUGAGGAUCAAUUCAAAAAUGAAUCUAUUGAAUUAAAACAGAUAGAAAAAUCAAAUAAAGACGAUAAUCGAAUUAUGAUGAAAAUACAAGAAAACGGGAAAUCAAGAUCAAAUCAUAUGAAUCGUUUAUCGAAUUGGGAACCAAAUAUCAAAGAAGUAAUCGAAGAAGUUAAUAUUCCCGGUUCACCAUCAGCUUUAAAUUUGGAUUUAUCAUUUUUACACGAUCCUGAUAAUGAUAAUAAUAAUCUAAAAAUUUUAGAUCAUGAUAAUGUUCAAAAUCUGAUUGAUGAAACAUUUUUAACAUAUCGAGAACGAGAACGAUCAUUAAGAGAAGAAAAAACAAUCAUCGAUUUAGAUCGACAACAUCCAAUUUUCUGUAUGUAUGUAUUCGGUGGUAAAGAAGAUUGUAUCACUGGUGUUCUAAAUAAACAAUCAAUGACAAUUUGGAAAUAUUAUACAUGAAUGAAUAAAUUAUAACAGCAAAAAAAAACUAAAAAAAAUCAACAUUUUAUUUUUUUAUAUCAAUCAAAAGAAAAAAAAAAUCUCAGGCCAU